CGGGGUCCUCGCGCACCGGAAGUGCUGGUGUUCGGCCUUUUCCGUCUGGACUGGGCCUGCGAGCGGUCGGCGUGCUCCGGUCUGUCGGAGCUAACCGCUGCUUGGCGGGCCUCCGAGGCCCGGCACACGCCACAGCCGAGCGAAGAUGGUGGGCCGGAACAGUGCCAUCGCCGCGGGCGUGUGCGGUGCCCUUUUCAUCGGGUACUGCAUCUACUUUGACCGCAAAAGGCGGAGUGACCCCAACUUCAAGAACAGGCUUCGAGAACGAAGAAAGAAACAGAAGCUUGCUAAGGAAAGAGCUGGGCUUUCCAAGUUACCUGACUUAAAAGAUGCUGAAGCUGUUCAAAAAUUCUUCCUUGAAGAGAUACAGCUUGGUGAAGAGUUAUUAGCACAAGGUGAAUAUGAGAAGGGUGUAGACCACUUGACAAAUGCAAUUGCUGUGUGUGGACAGCCUCAGCAGCUGCUGCAAGUGUUGCAGCAGACUCUUCCACCACCAGUGUUCCAGAUGCUUCUGACCAAGCUUCCAACCAUUAGUCAGAGAAUUGUAAGUGCUCAGAGCUUGGCGGAAGAUGAUGUGGAAUGAGCCAGAUAUCAACAUGAUAAAAUGUCAGUUAAAAUUAUUUAACCAUUAGCUUGGAAGCUGAUCAGCUGUGGGGGAAUAAGGGCAAAUAUGCUUGUCAUGAACUGUCCUACACUGAAGUCUACCAAAGUGAAUGUAUACUUUGAGUAGAUCCAUUGUCUGUUCUAUUUAUUUUUUUCCAGUGAAAAGUAUUUUGAUAGAACUUUUCAUUUUAUAAAUACACUGAGUUAACCAAAAUAA